UUAUAUUUUCUUCGCCACCUUAGCCACCGCCAACACCACCGUUAUCCACCAUCCAUUUCCCAUCGUACGACUUGAUUAUCAGUAUUGUCCCAGGAAAAGAUUACCCUAUUGCCGAAUUUCAUCUCGUAUCCCCAAUCGCUAUUUUUCAUCAUCUAAUUUCCUUCUCCAUACCGGGAUUAAACCCUAAUUCUUCGUGGAAAUCGCCUUCUUCAGGUAAUCCGGCAAUUCAGCCAAGGCCGGUUUCAAUCUCUAGGCCGUCGACGAUACCUUGUUCUGCAGAAUAUCAAAAUCAGCCUUCAAAACGCAGAAUAUUAAAAUCAGCCUUCAAAACGAGAUCUCAGUUCCUGAUUCGCAAUUUACAGUACGUAUCAUCAUUCCAACCAUUACCGUUCUUAACAACCCAAUUCUUUAAUCUCUGAACGCCGAUUUCAUGUUCCCUGUAGGAAUUUGCGUUACUGGGACUUAAUUUGCUGAUCCAUCCAAUUAAUCUCCAAGCAAAACAAAAAUACCCGUAAUUCCGAUAUCCCUGUUGUUGAUGGGCACAAUUAGUGUUACCAGAGAGCUAUCCAAGCCCUCUACUUUCUCCUCGCAAAACCCACCCGUAACAACCUCAAUGUCUCGCACUGAAACCGUAAAUGGAUGGCAUGAAUUCAAGAUCAGUGGGUUCUCGCUUGCCAAGGGAAUAGGGAUCGGCAAAUUCAUAGCGUCGGAUUCGUUUGUGGUGGGCGGCUACUCGUGGGCCAUCUAUUUCUACCCCGACGGCAAGAGCGUUGAGGACAACGCAGCGUACGUGUCUCUCUUCAUUGCACUUGCGAGCGAGGGCACCGAUGUCCGGGCACUUUUCGAGCUGACACUUUUGGAUCAGAGCGGCAAGGACAACCACAAGGUGCAUAGCCACUUCGGGAGAGCGCUCGAGAGCGGACCCUACUCACUUAAGUAUCGAGGCAGUAUGUGGGGUUAUAAACGCUUUUUUAAAAGAACUCUUCUAGAGACAUCAGACUUCCUUAAAGAUGAUUGUCUCUCCAUUUCCUGCUGUGUUGGUGUAGUUAAGUCACAAACAGAGGGACCCAAAAUCUAUUCUAUUGCAGUGCCACCUUCUGAUAUUGCACAGCAUUUUGGGAGGCUUUUAGAAAGUGGAAAGAGCACUGAUGUGAAUUUCGAAGUCAAUGGGGAAAUAUUUGCUGCCCACAAAUUGGUUCUUGCUGCGCGUUCACCUGUGUUCAGGGCCCAACUUUUCGGGCCUCUAAAGAAUAAGAACACCCAAUGCAUAAAGGUGGAAGAUAUAGAAGCUCCUGCGUUUAAGGUUCUCUCUCUUUCUCUAGCUGCCCAUGCAAUUGCCAACCUUUUUUGUGCCUAUUCUUUUUUCCCUGCCCAAGUCCAUUGCUUCUAAUUUCACUGCAAACUGGUUCCAGUUUUAAGCACAAAACAUAUCAUUGGGAAAUAGUCAUAAUUGUUGGAUGUUCAUUUGAUUCUUUUUAAUUUUUUUCUUAAUGAAUUCUGCUUGCGUGUUGUGCUUAUGGGUCAUGAUGUCUCUUUACCUAGAUGUAUCAUGGUAGCAGAUGUCUCUUGCUCUGGUUCACAAUUUUUUUUAUUACGUUGGACUAUGGGCUAUGUGAAUUGGUAGCCUCUCUUAUAUUAGAAACUCUUGCCACUACAUGUCAAGAAUUUGAAAUUGAGAUCUGAAAGUUGAAAAUCUCAUGUUCAACUGUUGAGAAAGAAGAGAAGUUAUUAGUAGUGGAAGAAGGGAGAUAAUAAGAUUAUUUCACAUACUUAUUCCAAUUUUUAACUUCAUUUUUUCAAGUUAUGAUUCUUGUACUCACACAACUUUUUGCAACCGGGGCUAUUCAUGGUAAAGUGCCCUCUGUGGUUUACUUGUUGGAGUGUCACUUCAAUGGUGAUCAUCUAGUUGCCAUCACAAACUGGUAAUUGUAAAGGUUGAGUUCAUCGGAUUCAUAAUUACUUGUGGCCUGUGGACUGAUUUGGCAUUUUUAUUGAACAAUUGUUUUGCAUUCUCCUUAGAAUAAAAUGAAUUUUCUGGUCACACAAUUAGUAUAGUCUGCUAAUAAAUAGUAAGGGGUUUUGUUGUUGCCAUUGCUAAUAAAUAGUAAAAUGAAUUUGCUUGUUGAAUUUGCUAGUCACACAAUUAUAUUUACGCUAGAUCUUUGCAUUGCAGUUGCAAGUGUGAGUUAUGAUCAGGACCUUAGGAAUGCUUAUGUUCUUAUUGAUCUUCAAGUACUCUUUGCUAAUGCUGUUGCUUAGGAUUAUGUGAUCACUUACAUUUGCCAUGAGUUUUUUAAUACAUGGUAUUAUGACCA